AUGGCGACAUACGAACAAAAGUAUAAUGACGCAAAAAAGAUGUUUAAGAAGGCAAUGGAGAUGUUGAAGGGGGCAACGGAGAAGUUGAACGAGUUGGAGGAUAAGUUGGAGAGAAAAGAAUGGGGGAAUGAAGAAGAAUUGAAGGAGUUAUGGGCCUGUUGA